AUGGGUGCGCAAUGCUCAUGUCAGGCCGUGCCAGAGGCAGACUACACAGAUGAGCUGCCCGUUUCGCCUCUGAAGGAAUUUUACGUUUCUUCUACCGCCGAAUGUUCGAGUGAGGAUGUUUUUGCAGUCCACACUCCUGGUUCCACCAGUGUCCCGAGUGAUGAGUGCAGUUGCGGCAAUUUUUCCAAAGAGUCGGGCUUCAAGGAAACAGAUUCCCAAGAGGACCUCCUGUUUCGAGGUCAAAGUGUCCGGAGCUACCGCAGUUAUCACUUGGCCGGUCUUCCGGGCGAUGACGGUCUGUCAGAGGCCUCCAAAUCAUCGCUGACCCGACUGCAAGCGCUGGUGGAACGCGCCGACUUCCUGGCUGCAGAGGCAGAGUUAACAAGUUUGAUGGAAUCAUUGGUGGAUCCUGCCAGCGCCGACGAGCGGGCGAUCAUCUCCGCUUCGCCGUUGGUGAUGCACAUCAAAGAUGAGCUGCGGCUGUACCGUGAGGUGGGGCAGCAGUGUUGUCACUUCAAUGAGCCUGAUAGCUUUGUGGUGUACGCAAAUGAGCACUUGCACCAGAGCAUCCGUGGAAGCUUCGACCGUCACAACCCACGCGUCUUCCACUAUCACUUGCGCAUGGUCUUCCCGCUUCAGCUAGCGCACGUCUUCAGCGUGGCUUUCGAGGAGGAGCUGUCCACUGAAUGGAACAGUGCGCGAUCGUGCAAGGGAUGGCAGGAUCUUUGGGAGAGCCAACAGCUUUGGCUCAUGAAGGCCAAGCCACAAGCUGACAGAGGAAGCCAGUGA